CAUUAUUAUUAUUCUGCAAAUGGUGCUUUAAUUAGUUAGUUCAGUCACUGAUAAUCAUUAAUAUUCUUCCCACUUUCUUUCUUUCUUUCUCUCCAGCACGAUUCCGUUGGACAUGGAAGAAGACGACAGCAGUUUCUGCUCCCGGUCCAGCUUUGAUACUUGUCACCCACCCAUAACCGACGGAAGAUCACUAGCUGCCUAGCCCUAGUAGGGUCACUGCCUGCCUCCCCAGACAAGCCAACACAAAAGGGCAACCCCCAUUCCUCCAUUUCAAUUCAAGUUUCAAACUUCUUGAGCUCACAAAACGAAUCUAGCUUUUCAGUUGUUUGCCGCCUUAAGAAUGGCGCUUCUGUUUUGGUGUACCUUCGUUGCAGUCUCCACUUCCAUGUGACCAGUUUCCCGACUUCCGGCAAUAAGGUUGGUGGGUCUCUCUCAUAUCUCGUUUUUGCCAUUGUUUGUAACUCCUCUUUCCCCAAGAUUUGAACCUAUCGCUGUCUUCUUGGGCAGUCUGCCAUUUCUUGAUGCUGUGGAAUUUGGUUGAUACGCUUUGCAACGAGGCGAAUAAGUUUUGUUUCUUUGAUGUUUUGGAUCUUGUAAUUGCUUGGCUUGUCUAGCUGCUUACCUGCUUGCUAGUGAACUCUCCUGUGAAUGUUUCUUUUGUGAAUUGUGGUAUUUUGUUAUAGCCUUUCUAUGAAUUGGGUUUGUAAUUUCUCUGAAGAAAAACGAAUCAAGAACUGGAAAAUGGAGUAUGUUUAGAUAGUCUGGUUAUUGGGUUUAUCUUGUACCCUUUCUACCAGCACUCUUGCAGUACAAUUUUGCUUUGGUGUGAGCCUUCAUUUCUGUUCCAGAACAAAAGAUCAGAACUUUCUUAGAUAGGAGAGAAUGGGUUGCAUGAAAGAAGUACACUUAUCUAGGUGUCUAGCUCCUUUGCAAUGACAUAUUUCCAGCCAAAAUGGGGUUUGCUCGGUUCACCGAGCUUGCGAGUGAGUUCAUAAGACUCUUUUAGCUGGAAUCAAGCCUUGAAACUAAAGUCUGGUAGACCUAAAAUCUGCCCUUGUUUCAGAAUAAGCCCUCACUUCUCUUCUUUGUUUUCUGACUCAUUCUCCACCUGAACAUAGGACCAGGACCUUGCUAAGCAAAGACAUAAAUUCCUGGUCUUUUGGCUUACAUUAAAAGGAGGAAAAACACAUGGUAUCAGGAGGAUCACAGAACGGAAGUCGAUGGCAGACCAUUGUGCCUUCCCCUUUCAAGACCAAACUAGCCAACAGAUUCUGCAUCUUCCCUAAGGUGAAAUGUACAGGUUAUGGCCCUGGUGACACCCCUGUGUAUCUCAAUGUGUAUGACCUUACAACAGCUAAUGGUUAUAUCUAUUGGGCUGGCUUUGGAAUCUUUCACUCUGGAGUUGAAGUGCAUGGAGUGGAGUAUGCUUUUGGAGCCCAUGACUUCUCGACCACAGGUGUGUACGAUGUGGAACCUCGAAACUGCCCUGGUUUCAUCUUCAGGAGAUCCAUCUUCAUGGGGACUACUUCCUUGAACGCGAAGGAGUUUCGAGAGUUCAUGGAGGUUCAGUCUGCUGACUACAAUGGUGAUACUUAUCAUUUGAUCUUCAAGAACUGCAACCAUUUCACCCAGAAUGUCUGUUACAAGCUCACUGGCAACUCCAUCCCAAAGUGGGUCAAUCGGCUGGCAAGAAUAGGUUCAAUGUGCAACUGUGUGCUCCCUGAGACACUUCAGCAGGAUACGAGGGUGAGGGAUGAAUCAAGUUGCCACCAAGAGGAGUGCUAUAGCGAGAAGAAGAGGCUGAGAAGCGCCUUCAGCGCGCUGUCAUCGAUCUCAAUCUCUCAAAUGGACAUAUCAGUUCCGAAACUGUUUAGACAUUCCCACUACAACCAGCCAUGGGAGUUCAGGAGGUCUAGAGUAAAAAGGGUCACAGAAGCAGGGUCCAAGUGAAAUGCCGCUUUCAGUUGUUGCAACAUUAUUGAUUUGAUUGCAUUCAUUGAUCUGCUGUUAUGGAAAAGUGGUUCACCAGCAAAGCAGCUGAUUUUGUUAUAUACAUGUUUAUACUAAGCUGGGUCCUGCUUGACUGUACGGCUGCUGGUGCAUCGAGUUGUUAUUAGAACUAUAUUUAUUCAAGAAAAUUUUGGGACAAAAGUUGCGGUAACAACUCACAAGUCAUAUGGAUUUGCAAGAAUUGUUCUUGAACAUUAUCCAUAUCUCUCUUUAAUCCAAUAGUGUACUAUUAGAGAUGGCUAUUUCGAUCUUACUCGUUACUUGUUUUGGGCAGAGCGUAAUAUACAUUGUGUGAGAUU